AUGACACAACGGUGUUUGCCAUCUCUUGUCAAUUUACAGCGCCUUUUGCACCGAUAUGGGUAUUUGAAUCCACCCAAACGUCCAAACAUCGCAGAUCCUAUUCCAACAGUGGGGCGAAUAUUUCAAAGACAUGGGACUGAUGAGUAUGGAAUGACAGACCCAAACAUCCUUUACCACAAUGCCUUAAAAGCCUUCCAAAGUCGCUAUUCCCUCCCUGUCACGGGUAGACUGGAUGCAUUAACCAUGGAACUACUGGCUGCUCCCCGAUGCGGAAAUCCCGACAUCGAUCCUGGCGACAGUGUCGUCCAAUCGGAAAGGAGGCCAAGUCGGGUGAAGCGGUACCUCAUUGGUGACCCGAAAAUGCGGUGGACUAAAAAAAAACUGACAUGGCAAAUUCACAGCUAUCCCACUCAUCACCUAAAUCGCUCGCAGACACAUGCUGUCUUUCAGCACGCAUUCAAUAAGUGGUCCAGCGUAGCUGAUUUAGAUUUUGUUGAAGAAAAGAACUACUACAAGGACUCGGAUAUUAUCAUCAAAUUUGGCUCUCGUCGACACGGUGAUUCCAUCGCUUUUGACGGACCCGGUAUGUCAACACAUUGGAUUUUUUUACUGAUCAAUUUUGUUGCUUAA